GUUAUUUCAACUUUUAUUCGGUUUUGGAUAACAAAGUUUGGCUUGGUAUCUGAUAAACAUUCUAGUUCCUAUUAAUUCCGGUUCGAGUAAAUUAGAUAACAAUGCUGUUUUAUUUAUUUAUUUUCUAAAUGACGAUGUUCGUUGUUAUAUUCGAGAGUUGGUUGUUGUGGUUACAGCUUGUGUUAAUGGAAGGGGGUAAACAGUCCAUCUAACUAUAUAUUUCAUAGUUGAGUUUUUUUAUUUGUGUUAUAUUUGUAGUUUGUAGUUAGUUUUGGUAGAAGUGUAUUUUCUUUUACAUAUUUCUGGAUAUAGUGUCCGAGAUUUUAUUGAGUUGGCUGGUGCUUUUGUUUAAUGUUGCAAUUUUUCACGAAAGUUAUUUAGCCAUGGUUGGCAAUUUGACAAUAAUAUUGAUGUGAAGCCUGGAUCGAAGUAGUCCAACACGUUGAUGGAAUUGAUUUAAGAGAGAAGAUAACAAAAGUUCCUCAACUGAACUAACGUUUAGGUACCAUGAGAACAUAGACUUAUGUGCUAUUGGCUCUAUUUUUUAAAAAAUAUUUAAUUUAAGUAAAUAAUUAUAUUUUUAUUAAAUAUUAUUAUUUGUUUUCUUAACCUCCUAUCUUGGAGAGUUAAAUGAAAAAUAUCAGGAAAAGUCUGUUUUUUUUAUUCUUCAAAUGUUGAACACAACCAAGGUUGUGCUUAGCAUUGAGUUUUGACAUUGCAGAAACUUUAGUAACUAAAUGACUAUUUUUAUUAAAUAUUAUUAUUUCUUAUCUUAACAUCCUAUUUUGGAGAGGAAAAUAACAAAAGUCAAAAAAAUUGUUAUUUUUUUCUACAAAGGCUGAACACAACCAAAAUUAUGCUUGGUAUUGAGUUUUGACAUUAUAGAAAGUUUAAUGACUUUAAAUAAAAAUUGUAGUAACUUGAAUGAAUUUAAAUAAAAAUAAAAUUUUAUAGACGACAAAAAAAAAUAUCUUUUAGUGAAUUAAAAAAAGGAAAAGUGGUUUUGAGUGUUGUUAGAAGUGAGCAUCAUUUGAUACCAGUUUUGAGUGUUCUUACAAUACUAUUUUAAAAAACAGAUUCUUAAUUUUUUAAUUAAAAAUUAAGAAAUUGUUUCUUAUAUUUCUCUAAGAACUCCGUCCUAAAAAAUUUCAGGAUAAUGAUGCUCUUAGAAGGGUUAGAGCCUUUUAAAUUAAUAAAUCUGAUUGGAUUAAAAAAAUUCAAUUUAAAGCCUUCAUACUUUUGAAGUAAAUGCGUUUAAUGGCGCUUGCAAACAUAUCUGUCAGUUUCAAUUUUCCGCCACUACAAUCUUCUACCUCUUCCACAUUCACCAUUUUAAUCUCGCUUAGGCACCUCUUCUACUGAUUCUUCUUUGGCAAUGAAUGACUCCGGCUACUCUAUUUGAUCCAAUGAUUAAUAUAUGCCAGCCAUCUCUUGAACAUUAUGGUUUAUCAACAGAGGAUAGAGAUUCAAGGGGAAACUCUUAUCAGGUGCAAAAAGACCAAAGAGGUUCCUCAGUUCUUAAAGUUUAAUGCCACCUCAAGCUUCAGAGUGAUCUCUUUCUCUCUCUCUCUUGCUCUUUCAAAAUUCUAAAAAAUUGAUUUCACUUGAGAGCAUAUGAAAGUUUGUGCGAAGAGCAAAAAGAUGGGAGGGUUUCUGGAAUCAGGCUACACGCUCAUUAAGGAACAAAAACGAAUAUUGGAAAUAAAGCUUGCCAAGGAAUACAUGAAGAACAUUGACAAUUAAUUCUAAACACAACGAUUUUUUCUUGUUCUCAUUUUUAAAGUCUACUGAUAAGUUAAAACAUGACUAACUCGCGCUAUAGAGUUUACUUUUACCAAAACCAUGAGCAUUGGAAUCUAAGAAGAGGAACUGCACAGUACAUAAGCAAUUGAAAAUAGGUAUUUUGUUAAUUUUGACUGCAGCGAUCCAAAAGUUGAAAAAAACAAUGUAUACAACUUUUAAUAAAAGUUAACAAAGGCUCUUGUGAAACAGCUUGCAAUCUAUAUUAGCAGAAGCUUCCCGAAUUUAAAUUGUAUUUUUGACCAUAACAAUACCAGUACAUAAUCUUUGGAGAACUCGUUGGAGUUCUUUACCUUCUUGCCAUGCAUGUCCUACACAUACACCUACACCUAUAUGUUGUAUGUAUAUCACGACUCUGUAGUUGAGUGGAUAAGGAUGCUUGGCUGCAAAAUUAAGUGAAAGGAAAAAUAAACAUAUGAGUUUAGAGACACUCUUCUCUAUGCUAUUCUCAAAACCUAUGAUGUGAGCAAGUAAUCAAACCAUAUAUGAUAACUGAUAUGUGUCGUGUAAUGCAAGCGAACACUAAUUUUUUUGUGUCUGCAUGGAAAAUGGAAACGCCUAAUGUAAGCAAUGAAUCUUACCUGGUCGAGAGAACUCAUGUGGGUAAUCUUCAAUAGCAAGUAGCCAAUAACAAAAUCUGCAGGCAAUGUCACAUGGUUCUUCUGUGCCAUAUCGUCCAUAGCUUCUGUGACCUAGAAGUAUAGCGAGCUGAAAGCAAUGGCAAGGGUUGAGACUAUCGGUCCACCUGCAUGAUGGCAUUAUAGAGAUGUUAGUUAAACAUAUAUAGCAACAGACAGUCAUUCACUCCAAAAAGGCUUUGAAACAGAUCAAUAUCGAAAAUCAUUUGUUCAGGAUCAAUUUAAAAAUCAAAACACAGAGACACUGUUUUGUGUCUAGGCUACAAAAAAAACAGAAUGAGCUGAAAAGCGUGAUACAUAAAAACAUAAUUUGAGUUUAUAACCCAUUACGAGGAUAUUGUGGACAUCUCUAUCUACUACACAUGACUUUAGUGUAAGAAUCGCAUUCCCUCUCCUUAAUCUGACAGAUCCCUUCUCUUACUUUCAUUUCCACUAAGUUAGUACAUAGCUCCUUCCUUGAGGAUGUGUUCGAAUGUGUAGAGGCUACGCACGGUGACGUAACCUUGAAUGAACGGUUUUUGUCAUGAGGAAGAUGAAUCAAGAGGAGGGUGAAGCUAAUAAGAUGCGGUUUUAUCGACGUUAAUGCUUGGAUAAAUGGAUCUACUUGCGAAAAGAUGUAAAAGUUACAGAGACGUUGUUUCUAGGAUUCAAGAUCCCAAGAAUCGUCGUUUAAAGGCAGAAACUGUGGGUGAAGAUUGACCAAACCCUAAUAACAAUUGGGCCUAAGAGAACAAUAUUCCAGUUAACAAAUUUCAUUGUUUUAUAAUCGUAAAAGAGUUAAAAACAAGAUGCCAGCUGGCGCAAAAUACCCCUAUCUCUUUGCUGAUGUGAAGGCAUGAGAAAGAAAGUAAGUUUACUUUAUUAUUAUACAUAGAUAUAUAUAGAUAGAUAGAUAUAUAACAUAUAUUUUUGAUUUUUUCUAUAUGAAGAAAGAUAAGGUCAAAAAUAUCUAAUCUAAGAAAGGAUUACACCUUUAUCUUAUUUUACUUACCUCUUUUAUAUAUGCAAAUACAAUUCACUUUUCACAAAUAUGAUCCUUUGCGAUUUAUUACCCUAAAUGGUUUAAACAAAUACAAUUCACUUUUCACAUUUUAUUUAGGCUCUUAUAUAUAACUCUAUUCACUUUUCACCCAUGUAAGCCUUCUCUCUCUUGCUAUUUUGUAGAAUUGUUGUUAAUUUGAACUCCCCUUCUUAUUUUCUCUCUUAAAGUUACUACCAUUACCCUAAAUCCCUUUCAAACCAAACAUAUUUCAAGAAACACAAAAAGAGAAAAAUAUGCCUCUAAGCAACAAUGUAAUAGGUUGCAUAAACUUCAUUGCCGUCCUCCUCUCACUUCCGGUCAUCGGCGCCGGAAUCUGGCUCGCUAUGGAAACAGUGAACUCAUGCGUCAAGAUCCUUCAAUGGCCAAUAAUAAUCCUCGGAAUCUUGAUCCUCCUAGUGGGUCUCGCGGGUUUCAUUGGAGGGCUCUGGAGAAUCACUUGGCUUCUCGUCAUCUACUUAAUUGCAAUGCUUGUUCUUAUCGUACUUUUAGGUGUUCUUAUCGGAUUUAUUUACAUGGUUACUAUUAAAGGCUCUGGUCAUCCAGAACCAAGUAGAGCUUAUCUUGAGUAUAGUCUUCAAGACUUCUCUGGUUACUUACGUCAAACAGUUGAGAAAUCUUACAAAUGGGAUAGGAUUAGUACUUGUUUGAGUACUACUAACAUUUGUCCUGAACUAAACCAGAGAUUCAGUGUGGCUCUGGAUUUCUUCAAUGCUCAUCUUAGUCCCAUUCAAUCUGGUUGUUGCAAACCCCCAACAAAAUGUGGCUUCACGUUUGUGAACCCUACUUACUGGAUAAAUACGAUGAAUGGGUCUGCAGACAUGGAUUGUCUACAAUGGAGCAAUGUUCAAAACACUUUGUGCUACAGUUGUGACUCUUGCAAAGCCGGUUUGCUCGCAAACCUCAAGAUAGAUUGGUUAAAAGCAGAUAUCCUUCUCCUUUUGGCACUUAUCGGUCUAACAAUCGUUUAUAUAAUCGGCUGUUGCCCUUUUCGAAACUCGAAAACUGAGGGUUAUACUGAUAUAUGAUCGGGAAGAGAAGUUUAGUGGCAAAACUGUGGUGACGUUUUCGUCAAAAAAAAAAAAAAACUGUGGUGACGUUUAUUAAAUUAUAGUUUCAAUAUAAAAAUAAAAUUUUAUUAAAUAAUUGGAUUUCCUGUCAUUUAGUUUCUUUUAUGUUUUUGCCAAUGCAGUCUUUUACGUUUCCAAUCAAUAUACCUCGCAAAAUAACAAUUAGCGACAAACAUCUUUUUCAUCUUUUGAAUACAUUUCCAACCGUAAUGCAAAAUUUUGUAUAUUGUUGUUAAGUUUUAUUUAUGUAUUUUCAACCAUAACAUAAAAAUAAUAUUAUAUUUUAUUAAUUUUGGUUUUAAUAAUUUUAAUACAUAGAUUAAUUGUAAUUUAUUAAUGGGAUUUUUACUCAUAACAAAAAGUCAAAUGAAAACUACACUAUGACUUUUUUAGAACUUUCAUUUGAUCUAUUCAACCUAGAAAUCUCCUAUAUAUUAUUUGAAAAUUAUUUAAAAAGUUGUAACUUUAAGUUUGUACUAAUUAAAAAGAGACUCUGUUUAAGU